AUGGCAAAGACUUUGUUAGUUGAUGAGUCUGAAGAAGAAGCCGAUGUAGAAAUUGAAACUGAAAUUGAAGGAGUUGCAGAAAAAGAACAAGAUCCUGUUUCUUCUAAUACUGAACAUAUAUUGAAAGAUAUUGGGGAUGAAUUAGAUAAAGAGAAUAUCACUGUUUAUUUAGUGUACGGAAUGUACGGAAAAGUGACAGUUGUCACAGAGAAAAUGGGUGACAAUGAUGGUAGUGAUGACGUGGAUAAAAGCCCUACAAGUUCUUCAGAAGACAAAGUAGAUGAAGUUGAGUGUGCCAAAAGAAUUCAAGCUGAAAUUGAGAAAGAAAAACAGCUGAAAAGAAAGAGACGAGAGGAAAGACAGAAAGAUGAUGAUUAUGUUCCUUCUCAGGAAGAAAUGAAAAUGCCUACAACAUCUAGUAAAAAGAAGAAAGUUCAUGAGAAAAAGAAGAUGGUUUCUCCAAAUGCAGCUAAACAAAAGUUGAUUAUCAGAUUGCCGAAAAGGUAUAGAGGUUUUCCAGCUGUUCCUUCGAAUUUGGGUGUAAGUCUUGAUGAUAUAGGAGACUUUGAUUUUGCAAACACCGCACAAGUGAAAAUUGUUGAAAAGAAAGUUGAUGAAGUGAUAGCUGAAAACAAAAGAUUAGCUGCUGAGAACAAGAAAGUCUCUGAUCGUGAGAAAAUUCUUGAAAUGCGUGUGAAGAGACUAGAGACUGAUAACAAAGAAUUGUUGAAGAAGAUUGACACUGAUCAAUCUGAGAUUGAUAUCUUGAAAGUGCGAGUUGCUGAACUUGAAGAAGAAAAAGCUCGAAGAGAUGAACAGAACAAAUACUUCGAGUUGAAAAACAAAGAGCUUGAAGCUGAAAAAGCAUUUAAAGAGCAUGAUUUUUAUAUGUUAAACAAAGUUGUGGAAAAGAUGCUUGGAAAAUCAAUUGAGCAACAGUUUGAAGAGAUCCAAGUCGAAGAACUCAGGGCUAAACGUCAAGCUGAGAUAGAUGAACAGAUGAAAGAUAAAGGUAAAGGCAUUGAAGAGGGUGAUGAUGAGGAAGAUGACGAGGAUGAGAAAGUCUUUUCGGCAAGCAAUCAUGGUUCUGAUAACAACAAUGACGAUGCUCAAGGUGGUAUAGGAUUAAAAGUGACUGAAGCUUCCACUGAAAAAACUGUUGAUGAUUUGAUGAAUGAUUCUGUGAAUGAAGAGUCAGGGGGAGCUGAAGGAAAGGGGGAGUCCGAUGAUGAUCAGAACGUUGAACAUGUUGAGAAGUUAGUUCUGAGAUUGGAUACUUAUCGAGAAGAAGGUGAACAUUUUCAUACAUACACAUUGGAAACAAUCAAAGAAAUGACGCGUGUGGUGAAUCCUGAUUUUAAGUUUGAUUUUGAAGAAGAGUUAAAUGCAUUUGACAUCAACCAUCAACCAGAAUACGAGUAUAAAUAUGUUGAGGAUGCUGACAUGUAUAACAGGGUUGAGGUUGAGGAUUGGACUGAUGAUGAGGAUGCAAGUGAAGAUACUUCUCAGUUGCCUACGCUGAUGGAGUUCAUUACAGAGGAGAAUAAAGAUGAGUUGAGACGAAAAGUGGCUGAGAUCUUAAAAGACAAAAACUUUGAUGGUACUCCCAAAGAUAUGGAAAAGGAAGAACGGAAAAAGUGGUUUAAGGAUAGUCACGAGAGGAAGUUUAAAAGACCGUUGAAGUACUAUCAACGAGAUCAAAGUGUGUCGCUCGGUGACAUCACUAGCUGGGGUUUCCUGCCUCAUGUUAAUGCUUACGCAAUCAGGAGAGAAUGUGGGGUGCAGUACUUUGAACGUUUAUAUGACGUGAUGCCAUUACCACGGUGGGAUGUUGAUGAGCUGUCAAAAGGGUAUAUAAAGUUUGAAUCGUUGAAAGGGUUUCGACACUGGAAGCCGCAUUACCCUAAAAGAGUGCGGAGGGUAGAUCCGGAAACAGGGGUUGAGGAAAUGAUACUUAAUGUGAAAAAGCCAAAGACAAUGAAGACUAUCCCAGUGCCAUCAAUGGAGCAAGAUUUCUAUAAAGGCUUUUUGGGCUGGAAAGAUAUAAACUCUGAAAGUAAAUGGAAGUCAUCUUGGUGGUCGCUUGAAGAGAAAGUCAAAAGGAAAGCUGAGCGUGAACGUAAAAAGCUUGAAGAAAACAGAGGUAAAUGGAUGAACAUUCAAGCUGAAGAAGAGAAGGCAAGAAAGAAAGAGAACGACAGAGUGAGAAAUUUGCUUAGGAAGAAGCCUAAGCAGCAUGAAGAAAAGUUCAAGUCCCUGUGA